GCGGAGCUCCGGUCAUUUCCCGGGCCUCUCCUGGGCUAGGACUGCGUCCGUGGUCUUUCCUCUUCUGCCCUCAAUCUCGAUAUGAGCCCUGCCUUGGAUAGAUGCUGCUGAAUCCAUAAGAAAUGCCACUGCCACUACCACCCCAGCGCUCCAGACGUGAGACUAAGAAAUCUCAGUCCAGCAAAAUUGUGCCCAGUGAUCAUGGCCCAUCUGAAAAGAGAGAGGAGAAUUACCAAGCAAAGAUAUCUCCAUCUUCACCUCAGGGACCACUCAAAAAGAGGUCAGCUUUUGAAGAUCUCACCAACAUGACCUUUGAGAUGAGUCAUGAGACCCUGUACUUGGCAGUGAAGCUGGUAGAUCACUACCUUAUGGAGGUAAUAUGCAAGAGGGACAAGCUACAACUCCUUGGUUCCACUGCUUUUCUGAUUGCAGCAAAAUUUGAGGAGCCCUGCCCGCCUUGUGUGGAUGACUUCCUGUACAUCUGUGAUGAUAUGUAUAAGCGAGAUGAGAUGCUCGCCAUGGAAAACAGCAUCCUAAAAACCCUCGAAUUUGAUAUCAACAUUCCCAUCGCCUAUCAUUUUCUGCGCAGAUAUGCUAAGUGUGUCCAUGCCAGCAUGAAGACACUGACCUUGUCCCGCUUCAUCUGUGAAAUGACCCUGCAGGAAUACGACUAUGUCCAGGAGAGGGCUUCCAAGCUAGCUGCUGGCUCCUUCCUCCUGGCCCUCUACAUGAAGAAGCUCGGACACUGGGCUCCUACCCUGGAGUAUCACAGUGGCUACAAGACCUCUGAUCUUCACCCCUUGGUCAGGCAGCUGAACAUCCUGCUGACUUUGCGUUCGUGCAAUAAGCUCAAGGCUGUGCAUUCCAAGUAUUCCCACCAGGUCUUCUUUGAAGUCACCAAAAUCCCACCCUUGGACAUGUUGAAACUGGAGGAGAUUUUGAACUGCUGCUAAUUCUGAGGUUGAGGGUCUGGCA